AUGUCGGUUUUGAAUGCGGAGGAAUGUCUUGCACCACUUCGGGAAUUGCCAAAACCGGAUAUCAGUAUCUUCUCUGAGAAUACGUGGAGAACCAUGGCUCAAUGGGCCGUUAAUUGUAUUAAAAAUCAUCCCAAGUGUAACCCAACGACUGAAAAAGCACCAUGGUAUCCUACGCGAUUACUCGACGUACAGUAUCUAGCCAGCUCUGAUCCAGUAGCGCAAUUAACAGCUUCGAUGUUCAACAUGUCGACUGGUCAUUUCCCUGCAAAUUGCAGAUUGAUCGAGACAAAAGAUACACCGCCAGAAGACUUUUAUAUCACACUCAGCCAUCGCUGGCCCGCUCAAGGGGGCAUCAGUGCGCGACUAGAAAAAUCUAACAUCGAACAAAUGAAAGAAUUCAUCCCCCACGAUAUCCUACCACCGACAUUCCAAGACGCGAUUCUCGUAGCCCGAUGUCUCAACAUCCGCUACAUCUGGAUCGACUCUCUUUGCAUCAUCCAAGAUUCCUCCGAGGAUUGGACCAAGGAGGCUCAAACUAUGGGUGACGUAUACGCGAAUUCUCUCCUCACUCUCUGCGGGACCGCCGCCCUCGAUAUCCUGAUCCCCUUGCGAAAUCCAGAGCGUAUCCAUCCCUGCAUCGUGAAAUCGACGUGGGAAAACGCCCCAAAUCACGAAUUUGUCAUUACCGAUUUCCAGUUCUGGAAAGAUCGGAUUUACAGUUCUCCGUGCAAUAAACGGGCCUGGAUAACGCAGGAAAGAUGGCUCAGUCCGCGGAUCCUGCAUUUCACUUUCGAUCAGAUGGUGUGGGAAUGCAGGACCCACGAAGCUUCGGAAACGUUCCCGUUGGGAUUACCCAAACAAGUGCGAGCGAAUAAACACACGGGGUUUAAGUUUCCGGGGAAUUCUCGAAUUUUGGGGCUGCAGCAGGAUGAUGAAAAAGAGGGAAAUAGAUAUUUACAUGAUUGGUAUCGAGUGCUCGAAACCUACGGUCGCUCCGAAGUAACCUUCGAAAAAGAUCGUCUAGUAGCCAUCGCAGGCGUAGCCCAAAUAUUCGCCUCCCUCCUCCAAGACACAUUCCUCGCGGGUCUCUGGCAAAGCCAUCUUCCGGGAACUCUCCUCUGGAGCGUACACAAAGGACUUCGCUCCAACCAUCCCCUCGCACCCCCCAGUCUCGCAGCGGGCGAGCUCGUCGGAAGAAACCCCACAUACCACGUCACUGAAUCCAGCCGACUCGCCUCCUACGAAGCUCCUUCAUGGUCCUGGGCCUCUGUAUCUGGAGACAUCGAGCCCGGAUAUCUCACCCCCCUCUCAAGCAAAGAAUCCAUGAUCGAGCUCCGCAGCGCACAAAUAAACGCACUCGAUCCCACUCUCCCUUUCGGAAGAAUCCACUCCGCGCAUCUAAUUCUUCGCGGGCUGCUCUACCCCCUCUCCAUGGACCCUCCGAACUGGCCUGCCCAUCUCCCGGCUUGGAGCCGCGAACCGCCAACUAUCUAUAUUUCCGGACAAGCGAAAACGAAAGUCGAGAUACUCGAAGGGACGUGGGUGGAGAAGUAUAGUCAUGUGGUACAUAUACGACCCGACCAACCAGAAGAGUAUAGCGAUAUCGCACGUGCGUGUUUUCUGCCGGUUGCGAGGGCGACUUUUGAGAGAGAGGGGCAUGAGAUGGGUGGGUUGAAGCUGGUGUAUGGAUUGUGUGUUUUGAGUACGGGGAGACAGGGUGAGUAUAGGAGGCUGGGAAGGGUGGAUUUUAGUGGAGAGCAGUGUGAUUUGUUUGAGAGGGGGCUGAGGAAAUUGAGGGGAGUAAGAGAGGAUGAAGGGACUGAAUUCAAGAUGGACGGGAAGGAUUUGUAUUUACCAGAAGAGAUUGGUACUUUUAAGCUUAUAUAG